AUGACUGACAGAAUUGCAAUUGGUCUUGAUACAAUAAAUAAUAAAUUAAAAAUUUUAUUAGAAGAAAAUAAGAGGACUAAGCAGCAAUAUGAAAUUCUUCAAGAAGAAAAUAGAGAAACCUCACGUAUUAAUUCUGAUUUAAAAGAAACUCUUCAACGAUUUGAAGAACGUCAACGACUGGUUCUAAUUUUAGAAAAGCAAAAAUUAGAAGAAAGUAAAAGAUUUGAACGGCAAUAUAAGAAUCUUCAAGAAGAAAAUCGAGAAUUCUCACGUAUUAAUUCCGAAUUAAAAGUAAAGCUUCAAGAAAGAGAUGAACAAUUAGAAAAACUUCAACGAAAUGUUUUAAAUUUUGAAAAACAAAAAAUUGAAAUCCAAGUAAUUUCUCAAAAUAUAGAAAAAACUCUAGAAAUGUUAAAAUUAGACGAAGUUAAUUUGAAUAAUGAUAAAAUUCUUGAAGAAACAAAUAAGCCUUUAAUUAGUGAAAAAAGUGAACAAAAAAGUAUCAUUAAUAAUGAAAUAACUGGCUUUCCUUUAAUUGAUAAUUAUAGUUUUCAACUUUCCGAACAUUCGUGUAGCUCUUUUAGUGGAGGUGAUUGUAUUCGAGUCGUGGUUGGUCCACAAGUCAUAAUUUCUAAUGAUCGUUGGCCUAAAAUUUGUGGUGAACUAAAAGUUAAUACAGUUCUUCAAUAUGAUGAAGAAUAUAAUAAAGUAAUAUCAUGGGGCGCUCCAGCUUUAUUUAGUAGACCAAAUCGUCGAAAGAGAAUAAGUAAAGAUAAUGAAACGAAACCCGUUGAAUUAUUUAAAUUACAUUUGAGCAAUUUACCGGACGAGCUUAAACCGAAACUUCCAGUUAGAUAUGAAAAGGCUAUUACUGAUUAUCUUAGAGAAAUCGGAAAGGUGAUUAAGGAGACAAUUGCAACAACCUGGCAAAACAUAAAUUUCUUUGAACAUGUAUUAUUAGUUCUUACGAUUCCAGCUGAUUAUUUGGAUAAAGCAAAAGCGAUUAUGCGAGAAUGCGCAUUUAAAGCAGGGUUGGUUGGGGAUAAAUAUUCAAUGAAAUUGCAAUGCAUUACAGAAUCUACUUUUAUGGUUGUUGAUUGUGGUGACACAAUAAAAUUUACUACUUGUAAAUUAACAAACGAAACACGAGUGACUGUAGUUACUGAGAGGUCUGAAAUAUGCGAAAGUACUUUUUUUGAUGCUGAAUUUGUUAAAUACUUGCGUAAAAUAAUUGGUGAUCGACCUAUUGAUUUAUUAAGAGAAAAUUAUAGUGGACAGAUGCAAUAUAUGAUUCAAAAUUUUUCUCAACAACAUAAAUAUACUUUUACGGGAGAAGCCAAAGACUUUAAUAUUUAUGAAUUGGAUCUUGAAAAAACUGCUCCUUCGAUAUAUCUAUGUAUUACUGAUAAUAAAGUUAGAGAAUGGUUGGAAGAAGCGGGUGGGAUAAUUGAACUUGAUUUUAAUAACAUGAGAUCAAUUUUUGACCCUUUUAUCGAAAAUGUUAUACAAUUAAUUCAUACGGUACUCGAUAGAUCUCGUGAAACAUGUUCAGAAAUGUUUUUAAUUGGAAGUUGUAGUGUAUCACAAUAUUUUCAAAAUAGGAUUAAAAAAGAAUUUCAACAUAGAAUAUAUGUUUCGGUUCCUACUAAUCCUAUGGUUGCAAUUGCACAAGGAGCAGUAAAGUAUGACUUGAUAAUUAUGUUUGAAAAUAUCGGGAAACUUACUAAUAAUGUUUCGAGAGAAUCGGAUUGUUGUUCCUUCCAUAAAGGUGUAAGGUCAAAUUAUCAGGAUUCAAUUCCGACAUAUCCUAUGAAUUGCAUCACCUCAUGGAAUAAAGUUUGGUAUUUUCAAUAUUUUAAAAUCAUUAAUUUUAAAUGA